AUGGAGCGUUUCGUCAUUAGGCGACAAAGCUCGCUUGCGGCAGCCAAGAGGAUCCUAGCUCAAGCAGACGACGAGCCUGAUUUUGAACCAAAGAAAGCUACGCCGAAGCCACGAGCGCGCCAGGUCGCUUCCAAGCCGCGGGCGUCGCCAGCAGCAGCGCGCAAGGACGCGUCUGAGGCGGACUUCACUCCGGAGGACGCCAAGCAGGACGAGGGCCACGAGGUCAUUGAGCCACUACCCAAGCGGCGCAAAGUCGAGAGGCCGAAGAAGGCGAGCAAAUCUGACACGGCCAAGCUCUACUCCAAGCUCUUUGAGGCCCCAGGAGAUGUUUGCAAAGACGCAUGCACGCCUCCCUCCCGAACACACGCAGACUCAUAUCACCGCCCUCUGCUCCUCCACGGCCAACCAGGCAGGUGGGGCCGGGACGCGCUGCUCUCAUGGUUCGACUCGAUUAGCACGACCCGCGGCAUGCCGUGGCGCAAAGCGUGGAUCGACCCGGCCUCCGUGGCGGACGCAGCCGAACUGCGCCGCGCGCUGGAGAAGCGCGCCUACGAGGUUUGGAUCAGCGAGAUCAUGCUGCAGCAGACGCGCGUCGCGGUGGUGAUCGACUACUGGAACAGGUGGAUGGCGCGGUGGCCGACGAUCCAGGACCUCGCGGCCGCGGAGCCGGAGGACGUGUUGAGCGCGUGGCGCGGGCUGGGGUACUACUCGCGCGCGACGCGGAUCCACGAGGCGGCGAAGCUGGUUGUCGGGGACGCGGCGUGGAGGGGCCUGAUGCCGGCGGACACGGCGGAGUUGGAGGCCAAGGUUCCCGGAGUAGGGAGGUACACGGCCGGCGCGAUCUCGGCGAUCGUGUUUGGGAGGGCGGCGCCGAUGGUUGAUGGCAAUGUGUUGCGGGUGUUGAGCCGGCAGUUGGGUGUUUUUGGGAACGUGAAGACUGACAAGGCGACUAUUGAUCUACUCUGGGCUGCUGCGGAUGCGCUGGUCAAAGCCGUGGCGAGGGAUGCGGUUGGUGAUGACGGGAAGGACGAAGAGGAGGCGCCGACGAGUGAUCGGCCCGGACGAUGGGGACAGGCGCUGAUGGAGCUCGGGAGCACUGUUUGCACGCCGAAACCGAACUGCGGCGAGUGUCCCAUCACGACGACGUGUCGAGCCUACGCAGAGGGCGUCCUGCUUGCUGCCAAGUCGAAGAAGCCCAAAGUGGAGGACAUCGAGGACUUGUGCUCGAUAUGCGAGCCUUUCGAGGAAGACGGCGAUGAAGGCUCUCUGUCUGGUGAGGACUCUGAUACUCCCCCGAAGAAGCCGACGAAGGGCGUCAAGGGGGCAAAAUCUGCGGCGCCCGGGCCGAAGCAAGCCACCCUCGCCGCGUUCAAGUUCGUCUCCAAGAACGCCGACAAGGGCGACGCAUCCCCAAAGCAGCAACCGACCGUUGGCGCGAAAGCUCUCGAGACGGUCGCCGACCAUGCCAGGAAGUUCCCGCUCAAGGUCGUCAAGAAGGCGGUCCGCGAAGAAGAGGCCCUCGUUUGCGCGAUCCGGCGCGCCGAUGGGCAGCUCCUGAUCCACCGCCGCCCCGAGAAAGGCCUGCUUGCCGGACUGUGGGAGUUCCCCAGCCAUACACUCCCCGCUGCGACCAGCAACACAGCAACGUCACGGAAGAAGGAUGCUCAGGCCUAUGCGUCGGGGCUGCUUGCCGGCGGCAACAAGGAGAAGUUACGGCAUGCCGGGGAGCUGGGCAGCGUGCCGUGGCUGUUUUCGCAUCUCAAGUUGACCAUGCAUGUCCACCUGUUUGAGGCGGACGGGCCUGGGGACUUUGUGUCUUCGCAUGCGCGGAGCAAAUGGGCUUCUGUACAAGAGGUCGAGGACGAGUCGAUGGGUACGGGGAUGCGGAAGUGUUGGGCACUGGUGCGGGAGAGGGUGGAGGAGUAG